AAUUUCUUCACUUUCUCUCUCUUCCUUCAAUGGAGAAAAUAGAUUCUAUCAAUUUAUACAAAACAGAGGAAGCAGAAGUAGAAGUAGAAGUAGAAGUUGAAGCAGAAGAAGGUAUGAUUUCCGACGAAAACGGUAACGAAAAAGGAAAUUCCAAUUCCGUUGAUUCUGUUAAUAUUUUGAAUUCCGAUAUUCACGCAGAGAAUGAAGGAGGAGGAGCGGAAGAUAUUAAUUCAGCUGUUUCUAGAAUCAUUGAUGAUUCAGUUAAGGAAAACGGCAACUUAUUAGGUGUAAUCAAGCCGCAUAGCUUGUUGCCGCAACCGGAGGUACCUGCCGGAGUAGCGAUUACUGUAUCUCCAGGUGAAUUGAACCGGUCUCAGUCCAUGCCGGAGAGUUUUGACAUGCCGGCGAUCGGGAAAUUCUUUCGUGAGAAGAGUAAUAGUUUAUCGUCGGCGAUAACGAAGCGGUUGUCGUCGAUGAGGGAUCAGUUUGAUGAUGAGAAAGUGGUGAUGAAAUCGGAAUCGCAGCAGGUGACGGAGUUUGAUCUCUCUGGAAUGAAAGUGAUUGUGAACUUAAAACCUCCGGUGAAGAAGCUGCCCGGAAGAGUGAGUUUCUUCUCGAGAUCUAAUUGCAGGGAUUGCACCGCUGUGAGGUUGUUUCUGCACAAGGAAAACCUAAACUACGUGGAAAUUAACGUCGAUGUGUAUCCUAAAAGAGAGAAGGAACUAAUUGAGAGGACCGGAAGUGCUAAUGUGCCGCAGAUAUUUCUGAAUGAGAAGUUGUUAGGUGGAUUGGUGGUGUUGAACUCGCUACGGAAUAGCGGGAUGUUGGAGAAGAAAUUUGCGGAAAUGUUGGCCGGAAAAUGCCCGGAGGAUGCACCGGCACCACCGGUUUACGGUUUCGACGACGAUUACGAGGAGCAAAACGACGAAAUGGUAGAAAUUGUGAGAGUAUUGAGGCAAAAGCUUCCAAUACAGGACAGAAUCAUGAGGAUGAAAAUAGUAAAAAAUUGCUUCUCCGGCGGGGAGCUUGUGGAGGUUUUGAUCCACCACUUGGACUGCGGCAGAAAAAAGGCUGUGGAAAUUGGGAAGAACCUGGCGAGAAGGCAUUUUAUUCACCAAGUCUUUGGAGAAAAUGAAUUUGAAGAUGGAAAACACUUCUAUAGAUUCCUUGAACAUGAGCCUUUCGUUCCCAAAUGCUAUAAUUUUCGAGGAUCCACAAAUGACAAUGAACCCAAGGAUGUUGCUGUGUUAGGUCAAAGGCUUGGCAAAAUAAUGUCUGCAUUACUUGAGUCUUACGCCUCUGAUGAUCGGCAUCAUCUUGAUUAUAUAGGCAUCAGCAAUAGCGAAGAAUUUCGGAGAUAUACAAAUCUGGUUCAGGAUCUCCACAGGGUGAACCUCCUAAAUCUUUCGGCAGACGAGAAGCUAGCCUUCUUUCUUAAUUUGUAUAAUGCUAUGGCCAUUCAUGCCGUGAUCAGGAUUGGUCAUCCUGGGGGCAUGAUCGACAGGAGAGCAUUUUUCUCUGAGUUCCAGUACAUAGUUGGUGGUUAUUCCUAUUCCCUAUCAGGGCUUAAAGAUGGCAUACUAAGAAGCAACCGAAGAGCUCCUUUUACUCUGAUGAGACCCUUCCCUAGCGGAGACAGGCGUCUGGAGAUGGCAUUUCAGAAAGUUAAUCCGUUAAUCCAUUUUGGACUGUGCAAUGCAACAAGAUCAAGUCCAGCAGUAAGAUUUUUCACACCUCAAAAUGUCGAGUCUGAACUAAGAUAUGCUGCAAGAGAGUAUUUCCAGAGGGAUGAUGCAAUGCAAGUUGAUUUGGCCAAGAGAACUGUCUACCUCAAUCGAAUGAUCAAGUGGUACAAUACUGAUUUUGGACAGGAAAAGGAAAUACUGAAGUGGAUUACAGGUUACUUAGAUGCAACUAAAGCAGGUCUUUUGACACAUGUUAUGGGUGAUGGUGGACCUGUUAAUGUUGUUUAUUCUAGUUUUGAUUGGUCUCCAAAUGCUUGAUCAAAAUUGUUUGCAGCUACUAUAUAGGGGAGCACACUUCACUUCAUUUUAUUUUUCUUAUACCCCUCUCAUUGUUUUAGUAUCAAUCUCUCUCAAUAUCUCACAAAGAUAGGGCAUUGUUGAUUGAUUGUCCACAUUGUAGGCUAGUUAAAAAUUUGUGUAUAGCAAGAGCUUGUUAAUGAAUUGCAGGUUUGG